UAUUUAUUAAAAUAACUAUUCAACAUUUUAUUGAAAACUUAUCGAUUUAUGGUAAAGCUUUUGCCAAGGUGAUCAGCGAUGAAGGUUAUGUUGGACAUAAGUGAGCAUAAACUUCCAUGGUGGUGCCCCAGAAUUCUAGAUUGGGGACCCCUGUUCAAGAUAAUCUUUAUUGGCUUAUACCACACUAAAAACAUCUGAACGAAUUUAAAGUCUUACUUGCAUGUAAUGCAUAAUUUGAUAUAUUUUGUACUUGAAUCAUAUUUUAAAAUUUUUUUUUUGACAUUUUUACCAAUACAUGGGACAAAAUCUACUUGCCUGGAGCCGUAAUUUGUAGUAAAAAAAAAAACGAUUAAAUAUUCGCAGAUUUCCAUUUCCUAUUUGUGUAGAUGGGGUUUUCUUUUCAUUCAAUUUUUUUUUUAAUUUUUUGUUGACUCUAAAUGGUACUUUUCUUGUCAUACCCCAACAUUAAACAACCUAAGUUUUUUAAAAAUAUAUAUAUAAUCUAAAUACGUUCCACUACCCAAAGAACUUUACUAGAUUCGUAUUUAGCAGAAUUUAUGUGGCGACAAAAAAUUAGAGCGACGGAUCCAUUUAUCUCAAUUAUAAAAGAUAUUCAUUAUUUAAACAAUGAUUGUCUUCUUGUUAAUAAAUAAUUUUUUGCAACACAUGUUUUUAAUUCUUAUUUUGCCAUAUUAUAAUUUUUAAAAUGUGCUUGUAAGUUUUUUUACUGGGAGGGGGGAAUAACAGAAAAGUACUGUCUAAGUAGUUUUCAAUUGACAAAUUUACCCUAAAUAUGGGUGAUUACAAAAUUUCAAGGAAAUAUGCUGAGCGGUGGUAUAAACCAAUUUACUAAUACUUUUGUCGCCGUAUAAGAGUCAUGAAGGACUAUAAGUCGGGGAAGUAAACAUUUAUAGGGGUAAUAAAAACGGCAAUAAAUCGGUAAGUAAGAGAUUGUAGCUGCGGGCGCACGGAGUUAAUUACAGCAAGUUGGCAAUGGACUUGUCCAGUCAGCUCUUCGCCUCUUCCAGCUAUUUCCAAUCAACACUUUAGAGCUCUCUUCUUGGAGGAUGUCUAGCAUUAGUGGUCAAUUCCGUUCAGGGGUGCCCAUCCACCCCCCAUGGUCGAUGGCGCAAGAACCUACCUGCCCCCCUCUUCCCAAGAUAUUUUAUUGCUCACUUUUCUUGAAAACAGAAGAAGCUAAGGUAGAAUAAAAAAAAAAUCGUAGAUCAUGUGCAAUUAUUCUUGCUGCAGUCUGUUGUAUGUUUUCCCCUUGUUUCAUAGUCCGAAAAUUCAUAACUUCGUCGAAACUUGUCUCCUUCAAAAAUUCGUCUAAAAUAUGCACUCCUCAAAAAUUUGACGGCCGCACUUGCGCCAUGAAACCACCUUCUUGGCACCCCUGAUUCCGUUUGUCUGGAGUUCCUUUUGAGCUAUACGCGAUAUCUUGAAAAUUUUGUAUUUUAACAACAUUAAACAUAACUCUGGAUUUUAACAUAUGUUUUCCGACUUAUUAAUAUAUAUGGCAUUCCAUAGCGAUUCAUUAAUUAAAAAAAACUACUCACACAAUACUUCUAAAAAAGGAAAAAAAGAAAAAAAAAAGGAAAAAAAUCAAUGUAAAUAAGAAGAAUUUGAUUUUCGGUGAAAUUCUCUCAUUGUAAUAUUCUGGCCUAAAAUGUUUCACAUGUAAAUCAUAUCGACCAGGCAGACAUGAAUUGAAUUUCCUUAACCUAUUUCUCACAUCUCCCAUAACCUUAGCUUAUUCGAACUAAUAACUUCUCCAUACAAAAGCUGCUUUCUGUUAGCCCAGAUUCAUCCCAAAAAGUUUGUGAAAACAAAGCAUGUCUUCAAUAGCAUAUUUGAGCAAAAAUAGUGAAAGUUUCGACAGUGUAGAAGAAGACGAUAGCGACGAUGAAGAUCUCGCUACACUUGGCAUAACGUUACCUCCAUCAGAGAUCUCUUUACCACGACCCAUCUGCUCCAAAAAAGAAGAAUGGAUUUCAGAGAAGAUCAAAAAGUGCAUGGUAAUUUGCGAUUUCAAACAAGAUUCCAUAGAUGAUAUUGAAGAAAAGACUGAGUCUCUGGACGACCUAUUGGAAUUUUUUAUUCAAGAUCCUGGCCCAAUGUCACGGGAUAUUUAUGGCCAACUGUUUGAUAUGUUUUCUGUUAACUUGUGUCGAAAAAUACCACAGAGUGUCAAGAGGUGUUAUGAUCCUGAAGAAGACAGCCACACGAUGGAAGAGGCCUGGCCUCACUUGAAGUUGGUUUACGAAAUAUUUGUUAGAUUUUUGGAAAUGUCCUGCCUACGGUUGGAUUAUUCCAAGGUGUAUAUGUCUGAUAGGUUCCUUCACGAGAUAAUGGAACUCAUGGAUAGCGAUGACCCGAGGGAGAAAGACCUGGCGAAGACUGUGGUUCAUAGAAUAUAUGCCAGGUUUUGUACCUCGAGGCCUUACUUGAGAAAGGAGUUAUGUAAUAUAUUACUUAAGUUCAUAUACGAUACAGAAUUUUUUAGCGGUAUCAGUGAGAUAUUGGAAAUUUUUUCUUGCAUUAUAAACGGACUAAGCGUACCUUUGUCCGAGGAAUUCGUCGUUUUCCUUUCUAAAGUACUUGUCCCGCUGCACAAGGUGAAAAAUCUUUCCACAUUUCUACAUCCGCUCACAAUUUGUUUAGUUAACUUCCUUCACAAAGAUACGAAUACGUUCAAGAUAAUAAUUGAAGGCUUGAUUAAAUACUGGCCCAAGACAAACAGCCAAAAAGAGGUACAGUUCCUCUCCGAGAUCGAAGAGCUCUUCGAAGCUUUGGAUUCUGAAGGAUUCGGUCAAGUGUUGGGCCCGUUGGUUUCGCAGCUCUCUAAGUGUGUUCUUAGUCCACACUUCCAGGUCGUCGAGAGGUCGCUGUCAUUAUUCGACAAUCCUUGGGCUUGGCAUCUCGUCAAGGAACAUUACACCAAGGUCCUACCAUAUUUGAUGCCAUCGCUGCUCCAGCGGAGGCGGGGGCACUGGAACCAGACUGUAGCCGUCUUGGUAAACAACAUCCUCAAAAAGUUCAAAGAACUUGAUCCGCCAUUCUUCGAAAAUGUAGUGAGAGAAUGCAUGAAACCGCCGGCCGAGCCAAAAAAGACCCGUAAAUCCCGCAACAACGUCGAUGAAGACAGCCUAGAGGAAGGGAUUUGGGGCUCUGAGGAAGACAACUUCGAAGGCUAUUUUCCGAAUACCUUCAGCGGGAGAGGAGAUGAGAUAGAAAAGUAGACAUUAAUGAAAUUCAAAGUCCAAUUUCUUCAUUUUAAAUACAUUAUUGAUAAAUUUAA